AUGCUGUUGCAAUUGUACGUUUACCAGUACAUAGAACCUCCCGUCAUUCCGAAAGUGUGCUUUUCGCUCGACGGGUACGCAAAUGCCAACGCCCUUUUGGACUUCCGCCUUGACGUCCACGGCAUAAAACGACUGGGGUACCUCCUCGGGCUGCCUGCUGUCAUUAUCACUGCCAACAAUACUCGUAUUUGCCGCGACGAAGCCAUGUGUGUGCUACUGAGCCGGCUGACAUUUCCCCGGCGCUACCACGAUAUGUCUCGCAUGUUUGGACGUUCCCGAGCACGACUGUGCGACAUCUUUUCGUACCUUGUUCACGACAUUUUUGGCCGGUGGAAACAAACGUUGUUUUUGAACAAAAAGCUGCUUCGGGCCCGCAUCAACCAAUACUGCCAUGUUGUUGCAACCAAAGGAUCUCCGUUGGAAUGUGUGUUUGGGUUUAUUGAUGGCACCAAGGUUCAAACAAAUCGGAUAUCAGCCACUGGAGAUGCUUCAAAUUUGCAAAAGCAAAUUUACAGCGGACACAAACGAUACCAUUGCCUGAAUUUUCAGGCCGUUUCUGCCCCCGACGGCAUUUGCGUUCAUUUCUGGGGGCCUGUCGAAGGCCGUCGCCAUGACUCAGCGAUGCUUGCCAUGAGUGGCUUACUGCGGUCAUUUUCUCAAAAUCCCGACAUUUUUGCCUCAAAGUUCAUAUAUGGGGAUCCCGCGUACGGCGUGACGAAAUUUGUCUUGAGCGGCUAUCGUGGAAACAAUCUGUCGCCGGAACAACAAAACUUCAACAAAUGCAUGAGCAGUGUUCGCCAAGCUGUGGAAUGGAAUUUCAAAAUCAUGAAAACGCUGUGGCCACACGUUUCGUACAAGAACAUGUCGAAAAUCAUGCAAUCACCGGUGGCCAAAAUCGUGUGCGUGGCAAUGUUGCUGACAAAUUGUCAUUGCUGUCAUUUUCGGGGAAAUCAAAUUAGCAUGUACUUUGAUCUACUGCCACCAACACUGGAAGAGUACCUUGACACUGUGGAAAUUGUAGAUUUGUGA